AUGUCGGCAUCGCAAGACCAAGUGCAGUGGAGAGCGACCGAUGGCAAACGAGACCGGGUCAAGAAGCAAUUCGGCACCAUGACCGAAAAAGUGGCCGACUACGAAAGGUUAUUGAACGAUUUGAUGAACAGGGUGAACGAGCAAGAUGCGAGGAUGAUUCGAGCCGCGUUGGAAAAGGAAGCAACGCUCGACGGCGAAGAUACUGCCAGAUAUGACGCCACCGAAACCAACACACUUGCCACCAUCGACGCCGAGAGAGAGCAAUCAGAGUCGGGCGCAGAAUCAGACGCCUCGGCCGGCGCGGGGUCGACAGGUGCUUUGGAUCGGACGGACGAGGAUUUCACCCGUGAACAAGCCAGGUCGACUGGAUUCAUGGGCAAAAACUCGGAAGUGACCUGGUUGCAACGGUUACGAGAGGAAAACAAGUAUGGCGAUUGGCAGGGUGACACCCAGGGAAACGAGAAACAACGAACUCUGGCGGCCGCAUCGACGGCGUCCUUUGCCUCCCGCCGUCAAGUGGGUGACCUGCAAACCCCUUUGACGGAAAUGGACGAAGGCUUCACCGUCAAUGACUCCAGCUAUCACCUCGACGACUUUCCCAUUUUCACGUUUGAGGCGGUUGACCCGUACGAGAUGCCUACCCCGGACGUUGCCGGUCAUCUGUUUGAUGCCUACAUGGCUAGGGUCCAUCCAUCUUUUCCGGUGGUAGGAAAGGUCAAUCUCACCAGUCAGUUCCGCCGAUUCAUCAACGGGACAGUACAAAAUCCACCGGAAAAGUGGCUGGCCAUCCUCAACAUGAUUUUUGCCAUUGGGGCCAAAUACUCGCAUCUGGUUAACGCCGAGUGGAAAGGGGACGAGCGUGACCACCUCAUCUACUUCACCCGGGCUCGGCUUCUCAACAUCAACUCGGAAACCCUGUUUCAACACCCGGAUCUGCAGCAGAUACAGAUUAUUGGGUUGAUGUCUUUCUAUCUGCUCUGCACCAGCCAGGUCAACCGGGCGUGGCUGUUGAAUGGCCUUGCCGUCCGGCAAGCGAGUGCUCUGGGGAUGAACAUGCGCAAUGAUAGUGCCAAUCUGCCAAACCCGCUGAAGGAAAUUCGCUAUCGGGUUUGGUGGGCGCUGUACACCCUCGAACACCGUUUGUGCAACAUGACGGGCCGAGUGAAUUGUAUCUUGGAUGAUCACUGCACCACGCCACUGCCAGUGCCGCUGGAUGAAGACCAGUUCGACACCGAAGAGGGUCGCAAGCUGUUGAGUAAGGAGAGACAGCAAGGUGACCGAGCGCCGGCCUCGAACCCACAGACUCCUAGCAAUUCCAAUUUCACACCGUCUUCCACCGAUCGAUCACGUUCCCAAACCAAAGCCGACUCUCGAUCUCCCUCCAUGCUCAGCACGCAGGGAGACUUGGAGUGGGCCAAGGAUGUUCCACCCAACCCAUCCCUCUACUUUUUGCAUCUGGUGCAGUUGAGCCGACUGACCCAGAACAUCUUCCACCGUUUGUACAAUCCGGCUUCUAUUCAAGGCACGUGGUCGGAUGUGCAAAAUACGAUCCGAGAGCUCGACGAACAGAUCGAGCACUGGUAUCAAAGAUUGCCACCGGCAUUUGCAUUUCGACGCAAGCAGCGCGAUCGUGCUUCCUACGAGGCUCGGUUGUGUUUGGGCUUUUUCUACUACAGUGCCAAGAUGACCACCCAUCGUCCUUGUCUUUGUCGGCUUGAUCGCAAGAUCCCCGGCCAAUCCGGCAAAUCACUCGAGUUCAACCGGCACUCGGCAUCCAAAUGUGUCGAGGCGGCUAUGGGAACAUUGGGUUUGAUUCCUGACGAGCCGAACGCGGUUGGACUUCUCCGCGUGGGCCCGUGGUGGAUUAUCUUGCAUUUGCUUGUCCAGGCUUGUACGGUGUUGAUGCUGGAAAUAUCGUUUCGAGCCAACCAUAUGCCUGAAGAGGCCGACAACAUUUUGGAAGCGAGCAAGAAGGGAGUCCGUUGGCUUCACGCAUUAGCAGAAGAUAACUUGUCUGCAAAACGGGCGUGGGCAAUGUGUUUCGCCAUGCUUCGAGAUGCCGCCCAAAAAGUCGGCCGCAGUGUGGACGACCUGCCUCAAAUGCCACCAGGCAAACCAUCUCCUCCUGCGGCAGUCACCGCGCCGCCGCCCAUGCCGGCUUAUACCACUGCUGGCAAUCCAUUCUCUUCGGCCGGUCUCUAUGCAUCAGUACCGCCCCAGACGACCAUGUACCCCAUUCCCGAGUUGCCGACGUCGCAGAGUUUUGCCGCUUAUGAUCCGAUGAUGCAGUAUGAUCAGUACUUUCCGGGCGCCGAUUUCCAAAUGGCCACAACAAUGCCUUUCCAGCCGGCACCUAUGGAUUCCGAAAUGGAGUUUAUGAGCAGUGCUUAUCAUGAUGAUGCGUCGCAACCGCCGGGGCGGGCCCCGCGAUAUGAAUGA